AGCUACACUGUGCCAUCGUUACAGGGCGCCCAUAAUCAAUGUGUAUGCUUCUCUGAAUUGACCAAUAGAUCACUACUGAACUCGAAUGCGUUCCUCGAAACAGAGAUCCUGAACAUGGCUUUGAGUGGGAUUGGUGGGAUAUUUCCGACGGCAUUGUCAUUAAAUGGAGAGUAUGCUGUCCGGCUAGUGGGAAGAGAGCUGGUCAUCCAUGCUGCUUCCGGUGUCAGUGGGACACCAAUACUGGGGAUCAUCAAAUUGAAAGAGCACAUAGCAUCGCAAUUGAAGCUUUUCCGAUUCUUCAAUGUGUCUAAUAUCACACAUGAAACUGACGACGAAGUCGACACUAUGCCCUACCAACGCUUACUCUGCGCAACUGACACUCACAUCUCAGUGUGGCAAUUGUACCCGUUAGAAUGGCUCGCUGACAUUGAUAAUGUUGAACCGGCCUUGACGUAUGCUGAUUUUGGAGGUGACAUGGAUGAGGUCGUUGUCGGUCACUCAUGGAACACGAAAAUAACCAUUUUCAAUCUCAGAGUGGGACGCAGUCAGAUAAUAAAAUCGUCGAAACUCUCCAACACAAACGGUUAUGGAUACAGACCACGCACAAAUCAGCUCGCUAUUCUGCUUAAACCAGAAGUCAAUGAUCUAUUGACAAUACACGAGCCUAGAACAUACGAGCUUAUUACGCGUGUGACACUACCGACAACAGAUGCCCAAGGUCUGAAAUGGAGCCCAGACGGCAGAUGGAUAGCUGUCUGGGAAGCUGCCAGUGCCGGAACUAAGGUCUUAAUAUACACGCCUGAGGGACAGCUGUUUAGGACUUAUUGCGGGCCACCUGGGUACGAUAGUACUUAUGAUUUGGGUGUCAGAACUAUAGAAUGGAGCUCUGCCAGACACCCUAUGCCCGUCUCAGACUAUCUAGCAGUUGGGAAGUUUGAUGGUAGUGUAGAUAUCUUGAAUAGCAAGACGUUCUCUUGCUCAGUCUCACUUUCCCACAACUCUCCAAUAGACGACUCAUCUCCUAAUGUGUGGAGGGAAACCUAUACAAACUCGGGCGAGCUUGAAUAUGUCGAUGGUUCGGACUCGGCUGCGUUCAGUGUAGCAACUGACUCGUCAGGACAUCCACGGGGCAUCUCAAUGCUUUCUUUCAGCACUGAUGGCGACCUUCUGGCCACUGUGGACCAGUCUCGGCCAAGUGUCGUCUGGAUCUGGUCCCUAGGAAAAGCUGCGAGCUUGAAGUGUGUACUUGUCCACGAAGACCCCGUUAGGCAGCUAUCAUGGCAUCCGACGGAGGCAGAGCUUACCAUCAUUAGCAGUAACAGUACCAUCCCCGCAGUUCACCUUUGGACAGUUUGCUCUGAUCCAGUCAUUGUACGGGUACCUGUUGCACAGAAUGAGUCCGGGAAGUAUGAAGUGACCCGGGUCCAUUCAAGCGCCGGAGAAGGGUCUAAGCUAUGGUUUACCACGCCUGAUGAUUGUGUCCUCGGCUCGGUGACGAGGGAGAACGGCCAAGCGCAGUUUAAUGUACUGCAUUCGGUGAAGGAAGCAACCAGCACAGCAUAUGUUGACGUCCAGACUGUCAGCCAUUAGAAUCUAUCUUCUACGAAUGUUCUUGUUCUGUCUACUGCGAGGGCUGGUCCUCUGGAACGGAAUGGUUUCAACCUGGGUGGCGUUGAAGGCGCUUAUUUGGCGAUAGCGGAUGCGAAGAGGCAUCAACCAUAUUUCCUUUCCCGAUCACGAACAAUUGAUUACGCAGUCAUACAAGGUCUUCCAUCCUAAUAGAUCGUGACUACUUUUCCAACUAGAUUCGACAAUUCAUGCUCCAGUCAGCGCUAUCUCCGUGAACAAUCACUGAAGUGUACAUAUUCAUGGUCCGCAAGGAUAUCUUAGGCAAGACUUCAAUGCUCGAACAUGACUGAACGAUGUAUCUAUUAUUGCCCAAAGACAUAGUCUUGAGAAACUCCG